UCCAAGCAAGCUUUGAACCUUGCUUGCUUUCUUUUUUUCGUGCGUGUGUGCAUGUGUGUGUGUGUGUGUCUGUGUAUUUCUGUUUGGUCGUCAUGUAUUUUGGGAAAAGGGGAGCGACUCACAGCUAAGUCACAGCGGGUGAACAGUAAAAGAGAAAAUUCUUCUCCGACGUUUCCUCUGGGAUGAACAGAGACAUGGACCUGCUUCGAUCUGCCCUGCUGUUUUACUUCUUUGCCUUUUUCCCCUCCCCAGCCAGGAAUCAAAACCCUGCGGGCGAACGCAUUAAAGUGCUGUUCACUCCAACCAUCUGCAAGGUGCGUUGCAUCGGGGGUCGCUGUACCAACCACUGUGAGAGAGGCAAUGUCACCACCGUCUAUAGCUCUGAGAGGGGGCAUUCAGCCCCUGGAGAUGGCUUCAGAGUCUUCUUAUGCCCGCUGCUGUGUCAGAAUGGCGGAAUUUGUAUGCAGAAGGACCGCUGUCUCUGCCCCCCGAAUUUUACAGGGAAAUUCUGCCACAUCCCGGUCUCCUCCUCAACCAAUGAGAUUGAAGGGGCAGCCCAGAAUGAAGCGGCAUCUUCCAAUAAGAAGGGACUGACCCAGUCUGUGUACACCCUCCCACUGCACAGCCACCAAUCACAGCAAAGUGGAGGCUCGGAGGUGGUGAAGGUGCAUGUGCAGCACCCCCUAGAGGUCAGCGUGAACAUACAUCAGGUGCAGCGUGUGAGAGAGGGGCCGGUGCAGGAGCAGGGCGAUGCCAGCACACACAGGAGGGUGCCGGUGCCCAGGAUCCAGGCUCAGACCAUCCGUGGAGACUCCAGCUACUCAGAGUCAUCCGGAUUCGGAUAUUGCUUCCAAGAAGUCCGGAACGGCCAGUGCAGCUCCCCUCUGCCUGGACUGAGGACACAGGAGAUCUGCUGCCUAGGUCAGGGGAAGGCAUGGGGCAUCAGUGAAUGUGCCCUGUGUACAUCCAACCAGGGGAGUGGUGCUGGUGUGGAGGGAGGCUGUCCGAAGGGUUUUGAGAGGAUCAAUGGAACACAGUGUGUGGAUGUUAACGAGUGCUCGCUGCCCGGGUUCUGUCAGAACGGGGAAUGCAUCAACACACGAGGAAGCUACAGCUGUGUCUGCAAGACAGGCUACAUACUGGAUGCUUCUCAAGGUCGCUGCAUUUCCCACAUGGUGAUCUCAGAGUUGAAGGGGCAAUGUUACAGAAUCCUGAAGAUGGGGUUCUGCACGCUGCCCAUCCUAAGGGACAUCACCAAGCAGAUCUGCUGCUGCAGCAGAGUGGGCAAAGCCUGGGGCCGGACCUGCGAGAGGUGCCCGCCCUUCGGAUCAGAGGAAUUUAAGGAGAUUUGCCCAGCAGGGCCAGGUUACCACUACUCAGCUUCCAGUGUUAAAAUCAACCAGGAGCGGCAAACUCCAGUGGCGCCCCCUAGAGACCAAAAGCCCCCUCUGACUCUUAAUGUGGGCAACGAGAGAGAGGUGAGGCUGCCACCGAGAACAGAGAGACCAGUGCAACUAAUCCAACCAGUAAGACCAGUACAACCAGUACAGACAUCCACCGUCACCACCAUUACCCACGCUGCAACACGUGCCCCAGAAGUGCGAGUGUGUGACCUGAACCCUCAGAUCUGUGGAGCGGGGCGCUGCCUAAAGCAGAGAGGAGGAACCUACACCUGUCUCUGCAACCAGGGCUACCACAUCAACCCCCAGCAGACACGAUGCGUGGAUGUAGAUGAGUGCAGUCUGAGUCCACGGCCCUGCACUAAUGGUCAGUGUGAGAAUACAGCUGGGAGUUACCGAUGCCUGUGUCAGUCUGGGUUUAGACUGGGGCCGCAAGGAGCCAGCUGCACAGAUACAGACGAGUGCCGGCAGUCCCCCAGCCCCUGCACUAACGCACGCUGUGAGAACACGCCCGGCAGCUACAGGUGUGUCUGCGCUGCUGGGUACCAGCUGGAUCACCAGGGAGCUGAGUGCACAGAUAUCAAUGAGUGUGAGAAUGCUUUAACCUGCCCUGGUCAGGAAUGUGUUAAUUCCGCUGGCUCCUUCCAGUGUGUGCGCUGCCAGCCUGGUUACAAGCUACAGAACGGCAGAUGUACAGAUGUAAAUGAGUGCAGUCUGAGUCCACGGCCCUGCACUAAUGGUCAGUGUGAGAAUACAGCUGGGAGUUACCGAUGCCUGUGUCAGUCUGGGUUUAGACUGGGGCCGCAAGGAGCCAGCUGCACAGAUAUUGACGAAUGCCGCCUGACGCCACGACCUUGCUCCAUUGGCCAAUGUGAGAACACAGCGGGCAGCUAUAGAUGUGUGUGUCCCAUCGGCUACAAACUGAACUCUCAGGCAACCCAGUGCGUAGAUGUAGAUGAGUGCAGUCUGAGUCCGCGGCCCUGCACUAACGGUCAGUGUGAGAAUACAGCUGGGAGUUACCGAUGCCUGUGUCAGUCUGGGUUUAGACUGGGGCCGCAAGGAGCCAGCUGCACAGAUACAGACGAGUGCCGGCAGUCCCCCAGCCCCUGCACUAACGCACGCUGUGAGAACACGCCCGGCAGCUACAGGUGUGUCUGCGCUGCUGGAUACCAGCUGGAUCACCAGGGAGCUGAGUGCACAGAUAUCAACGAGUGUGAGAAUGCUGCAGCCUGCCCUGGUCAGGAAUGUAUUAACUCCGCUGGCUCCUUCCAGUGUGUGCGCUGCCAGCCUGGUUACAAGCUACAGAACGGCAGAUGCACAGAUGUAGAUGAGUGCAGUCUGAGUCCGCGGCCCUGCACUAACGGUCAGUGUGAGAAUACAGCUGGGAGUUACCGAUGCCUGUGUCCGACUGGGUUUAGACUGGGGCCGCAAGGAGCCAGCUGCACAGAUACAGACGAGUGCCGGCAGUCCCCCAGCCCCUGCACUAACGCACGCUGUGAGAACACGCCCGGCAGCUACAGGUGUGUCUGCGCUGCUGGGUACCAGCUGGAUCACCAGGGAGCUGAGUGCACAGAUAUCAAUGAGUGUGAGAAUGCUUUAACCUGCCCUGGUCAGGAAUGUGUUAACUCCGCUGGCUCCUUCCAGUGUGUGCGCUGCCAGCCUGGUUACAAGCUACAGAACGGCAGAUGUACAGAUGUAAAUGAGUGCAGUCUGAGUCCGCGGCCCUGCACUAAUGGUCAGUGUGAGAAUACAGCUGGGAGUUACCGAUGCCUGUGUCAGUCUGGGUUUAGACUGGGGCCGCAAGGAGCCAGCUGCACAGAUAUUGACGAAUGCCGCCUGACGCCACGGCCUUGCUCCAUUGGCCAAUGUGAGAACACAGCGGGCAGCUAUAGAUGUGUGUGUCCCAUCGGCUACAGACUGAACUCACAGGCAACCCAGUGCGUAGAUGCAGACGAGUGCCGGCAGUCCCCCAGCCCCUGCACUAACGCACGCUGUGAGAACACGCCCGGCAGCUACAGGUGUGUCUGCGCUGCUGGAUACCAGCUGGAUCACCAGGGAGCUGAGUGCACAGAUAUCAAUGAGUGUGAGAAUGCUUUAACCUGCCCUGGUCAGGAAUGUGUUAACUCCGCUGGCUCCUUCCAGUGUGUGCGCUGCCAGCCUGGUUACCAGCUACAGAACGGCAGAUGUACAGACGUGGAUGAGUGUCGGGGCUUGUCAGUCUGCGGCACUAAUGGGCAGUGCUUGAACACAGACGGCUCCUUCCGCUGUGACUGCAAGAUCGGAUUCAGGUCAGACAGCAGUGGGCGACAGUGCAGGGAUAUCAACGAGUGUCUGGAAGGGGACUUCUGUUUCCCGCACGGCGAAUGUCUCAACACUGAAGGGUCGUACAGCUGUCUGUGUUCCGAAGGAUACAAAGCCACCCCAGACAGAGGCUUCUGUAUAGAUGUGGAUGAGUGUGCCAGGCCGGAGCUGUGCCAGGAUGGCAGUUGUACCAACACCCUGGGCUCCUUCGAGUGUGCGUGCCAACCCGGCUUUGCCACCAAUCCAGAAAAGACUGCCUGCCUUGACGUUGAUGAGUGUGCAGAGUCGAGGGGAGCGGUGUGUGGACCCCGACGUUGUGAGAACACCAUCGGCUCCUUCCAUUGCAUCACUUCCUGUGAGCCCGGCCACAGGGUCACUGCCAGUGGGGACUGUGUGGAUAUCAACGAGUGUGCGAACAACACCGUCUGCGGUGACCACGCCUUCUGCCAGAACCUGAUUGGCUCGUACCAGUGUUUGUGUGACCAGGGCUACGAGGCAGGACGAAAUGGGCAGACCUGUGUGGAUGUGAAUGAGUGCGACAGCAUGCAAGGUGCCUGCGGGGCAGCGCGCUGUGAAAACGUGGAGGGUUCCUUCCUGUGUAUCUGCGGCCGGGACAGUGAGGAGUUCGACCCCCGAACGGGACAGUGCAUCAGCCGGAAUGGGGAAGCCCAGAGGCUUCCCACUGGGGGAGCACCUAGACCAGAACCCUCCCUUCCACGCAGUGAUGUCAGAGAGUGCUACUACAACACCCGUGACGCAAACGUGUGCCAAAACGUACUGAAGCGCAACACCACCCUACAGGAGUGCUGCUGUACUGUGGGGGAGGCCUGGGGGGUGAACUGUCAGCUGACUCCCUGUCCGGCACCUGGAACAGCUGAAUACCAGUCUGUGUGCCCCAGCGGAAAGGGAUAUGUGACCUCUGCUCUGGGCUCCUUCAGUUACAAAGAUGUAGAUGAGUGCACACUUUUCAGUGCUGCAGUGUGUAAGAAUGGCGUGUGUGUGAACACGAUCCCGGGCUACUCCUGCUACUGUCCCAACGGAUACUACUACGAUCAAACGCAACUGGAGUGCGUGGAUAACGAUGAGUGUUUGGAGGAGGAGUCCUGUCUGGGAGGGAGCUGUGUCAACACUAUGGGCUCGUAUUACUGCUCCUGCGAGUCCCCUCUCAUCCUGGACGCAGCCCAGCGAGAGUGCAUCGCUAACAUCAGCCAGUCUGCCGAUGAAAACCUGGCAUACUGCUGGCAGGAGUUAGGAGAAGAUUUAAUUUGCAACCGGCCGUUGCUGGAUAGGCAGAUCACUUACACAGAGUGCUGUUGCCUGUAUGGACUGGCCUGGGGUAUAGAGUGUGCACUCUGCCCCGCCCAAGACUCAGAUGAUUAUGAAGCCCUGUGUGACGUCUUGAGAUCCCCAGCUUAUGGACCCCCUGACGAGCCCUAUGCUGGGGAAUAUGGACCAGGCUUCAGGGGGGAAUACGAACCUCCAUACAGUACCGACACCUUUGCUGAACCCCCUCCUAGAGGCAGAACCCCAGACUAUCUCAGACCCGGGAGGUACGAAGACUACCCCUCCCGUGGAGGUAGGCUGCCAAGCUACGGGUCACGCUCUCGCUCCGCGGCUUCAUACGGACCACCCGAGGAGAGCCCAUACAGACGCAGUGGCCCCAGUCAGAGCUACGAUCUGGGGGAUUUCGAACCUGAGCUACCCUAUGCCUCAGAGCCCAGACCCCCCUUUGGCAGAGCGGAGCCCCAGGUAGAUCCCUCUUACGAAUCCCGUCGAGGGAGGUACAGACCCCUGAGCCCCCAGUCUGCGGGACCCCCCUUUGAGCCAGACGAGCCCUCGGCCCCUUGGCUGCAGUACAGACCCAGAGGGACGGCCCCCUACCCAGAGUACCCUGACCGGCCACUGGGGGGCAUCAGGAGAGAGACCUAUGAGAGCAGAUACGAGCAGUACGAGAGCCUGAGCGCGGAGGAGUGCGGGAUACUGCACGGCUGUGAGAAUGGCCGCUGCAUCCGAGUGCCGGAGGGCUAUACCUGUGACUGCUAUGACGGUUACCACCUGGAUAUCACUACAAUGACUUGCAGAGAUAUAAACGAGUGUGAGGAGGCGGAUGAGCCCUCCAUCCAGUGUGUGAACGGACAGUGUCUCAACACAGACGGCUCCUAUCAGUGUGUUUGCCUCCGUGGCUUUGUGAUGUCAAGACAACGCAAUUACUGCAUCCCGGCACGACCAGGGCAGUGAGGGGAUAGAACACGACACACUCACUCACUCACACGCCAAAGAGUUCAGACUUUACUGUUUCCAAACAUGUUUAUUCAAACACGGGGUAUUUUUUUAAUUCAGAUAUGAUAUAAAGGCCAGGGAGGUAUUUAUUUUAAUUUUUGUGAAUAUUUAAAUGAUUGCUUUUUUUGUUUGUUUAUUUUUAAUAAGUAAACACAUUCUACUUUUGCAAUGACACUCUCUUUCUCUCUUUUGCUGAUAUAUUUGCAACGUGGCAAAAUCGACCAGCGUUCCCUUUAUCCUCAGUGUUUUCCAACAUUUUGUCUCUAUCCUUCUCUGUUGACGGCAAUAUUAUUUAAUAUUACGUGUUCUGUAUUUUAUCUUUGCAUUGGUAGAGGAUUCUUAUUUACUGAGUAAUAAUAAUUAAAACAAAAAAAUUAUUAUAGACUGUUCUACAUGGCUUGAAAUUGUGAGAAAUGUGCAGAACAUUUGUCCAGUCCAUUCUAACAAUCUCGACCAAUAUCCAUAUUGUCAUUCUUUUGUAUUUAAAAUAAAAUUUCACUUUGGUUAUUAGUAUUAA